AUGGCUCACAGGCCGCGGGAAAAGCUGCCCAAGGUCGAACGGGAUGCGCUUAGAGAACUCAAGGCCGACAAAGACCUGGUCAUCGUGCCAGCGGACAAAGGACGCGCCACAGUUGUACUGGACAGGACAGACUAUCUUCAGAAAGUCAAAGGUUUACUGCUGGACCAACAUUUCUAUGUCCCAUGUGCAACGAACCCUAUAAAAGCGCUGACACGCGAAAGUAAUGCAACGGUGUUGGCCUUGGAGAACUCAGGCGCAAUAACACUGACUGACAGACGUAUGGCGAGACCCCAAGAUGAGGUUUUGGCCCGAUCCUAUGGCCUUCCUAAAGUGCACAAUGACGGCGCACAUCUUCGGCCCAUCGUGUCGCUCAAAGAUACUCCAAAGUACGGACUGGCUAAGUGGAUGUUCCGGCGUCUCAAGUUCCUGACUGCUGAGUCAGACACCACGGUCUCUUCGUCAGCACAAUUCCUGGAGAAACUCAAAGGGGUAAGCCUCCAUCCACAUGAGGUCAUGGUAUCUUUUGAUGUUGCGUCCCUUUUUACUUCUAUUCCCCAGGACCUGGCUAUCGAGACAAUCGAACUGCUUCUACAAAGCAAAUACGAUGAAAUGGAAAAUCGCCCCGGACAUGACCAAGUCCUUCAGCUCCUGAAGUUCUGUCUCAGGAUGUACUUCACGACUGCUUCCUGGAACUCAUCUCUUCGCUCCUCUUAUCAAGGAGACCGUUCAACUGCUCUGCUCAGCGACCUGCGCGUAUCAACAGUUGGUCUCACAGACCUCUUUGUACACAAACGAGCACUCUUGCGUGGAAAGUCGACAGUAAAAUAUGACUGCUCUGGUCAGCACUUUCCUUACAGAACUCUAAAUAUUGUCCAUCUACAUCAGUAUUCUCGGGAGAUCGAACCUCGCAGGGAUGCCCAGACGAGUUAA